AUGACGAAUCACAUAUUUUCAGAUUCAGAAUCAGAUCGAGAAUCUGGUGCAUCAGAGUUUGAUUACCACAGUGACUCACAAUCAGAAGAAACACAGCAUCCAAAAGCAAUAGAAAUGAGAAAUCAGUUCAGAAACACUACCGAAAAUCUGAUUCAAACUUUGCAAAUGUUUUUUGGAAUAUUAAGUUUUGAAUUAUACGAAGGAAAAGAUAAUUUAAAAUGCAUCACAAUGAUUCAUGAUAUUACUUCAUUGAUGGAAGUUGCUGAUACAAAAUUGAAGAACUAUAUUAAUACUUUGAAUUCCAAAGAACAAAUUUUUAUGGUUGAUGAUGGUGUGCUGAAUAUGGAUCCAAUUUUGGUAGCAGAUCGAAAACAAAAUUCCCGCGAGCCACUUUUCAUUGGAUACUUCAAACCUGAUACAAUGAGCUUCAUGCCUAUUGGAAGACUUCCUAAUCCAAAAUCCCAUUACGCAGUGGUAUCCAGUUCAACGAAAGUUUUUAUAAUCGGAGGAAUGAAUAAUGGAACAUAUUUGAAUCGUGUAGAGAUGUUUGAUAAAGAGAAGGGUAUUCGUGUAGAGUGUACAAGGCUAAUGCAUGGACGAACUCGGACAUCUGCAUGUAUUCAUGAGGACGCAAUUUACGCAGUGGGAGGAUACGAUGCGACAUAUAUGAGUUCAGUUGAGAUUUAUGAUAUUAAAACUGGAGGAGACUGGACCACAGGCCCAUCAUUAAAUAACCGUCGCGCCGAUGCAUCAGUUGUAUCAUUUUAUGGACAACUUUUUGUGCUUGGCGGCUUCAAUGGAAAAGAUUAUGAAGAGACUAUUGAGAAAUUAUCAGAUUCGAAAGACAAGUUUGAGGUUUGUGGUAAUAUGGUUGGACGUGCAGGUUUUGGUGCAUGUGUAUUCCGUGGAAGAAUCUAUGUGGCUGGUGGAUGGAACACCCCUUGCAACACAUUAAAAACCUUUCAAAGUUACGAUCCAUUGACAAAUACAUGGAAAGAUGAGCCAUCGAUGAAUACGGGAAGAAAGUAUUUUAAGCUUCAUGCUACGAAUGAAGCAAUCUAUGCAAUUCGUGGAUGUUCUCAUGACUGGGAUCUUAUUAAAGAGACGGAGAGGUUUGAUCCACAGACUUUGACAUGGGCGACUUCUUAA